GGACUCAUUUGCAAUAUUUGAGAAAACUUUUCCUGUUGAUUUAGAUGGAAGAUAUACUACGGUAGUUGUUACUGAUGCAGAAGUGAUUACCCUGGUGUGGAGACUUAGUAUAACAUGUUAGGUAAAUAGUGCAUUCACCGGUUUCCUAAUUUGUUGGCAUUAUAACAACAGUAAUGUUAGAAUAUAUUCUUAGAAACAAAAACAACAACAAGAAUAACAUCAGGAUGUAUUGUGUGUGUGAACUCAUUGAACAGGAUGUGAAAUAUAAACAUGUUCAAAGUGCUCAUGAUUGACAAUGCUGUGAUAUAUAGAAGAAGAAGUUACUGAAACAUAUGGCAAUGUUUGUCCUCUCCAAGUGAGAACAUGGCAUGGGCCGCAAAUGGUUGCAAUGCCAACCUGUUGAGUGAAGUCACCUAUGGUGAGCUGGGAAAACCACCUUCUAUAGAGAAGAUGAGUGGCCGGAUGUCCCCUAUCCGGGGACGGACGAUGAAGGAAAUAGAUUCUCAAAUUGGUGCCCUGCAGAAGGAGAAUUUUGAUCUGAAAGCCAGGAUAUUCUACAUGGAAGAAGUCAUCAAGCCAAGAUUCAAAGAUGUCGACAUCAUCAAAUUAAACAUAGAACUGAAUGUGGAGUUGGAGAAAUACAAGGCUGACAUCCACCAGAAGCAACAGCUACUGGAAAAGGCCUCGGAGACCAUUGACACGAUAAGCUCCCAGUAUAACGAGACCAUAGAAAAAGAAGUUAAAAAAAUCAAUCAAACAUACGACGAGAAGCUAACAAACGCCAACCAGAGAGUAUCAGAGCUUGAGGCUGAACUGAAUGAGGCGGCAGACAAGAUAAAGACGCUCGAGGAUAACUCAGAGGCCUUGAGUCUCGAUAUGGCCGACAAACUGAACCAAAUACAGGACAAAGUGAAUCAGAUCAAGGUUUUGACGGCAAAUCUCGAGGGACGGGAUCAAGAGAUAGAGAGCCUGUGUAAUGAAGUGGCUGCCCAGAAGAAGGCUUUCACAGUUAUGAAGACCGAGUGUGAGGACCGGAAUAACAAACUGUCAGAUGAGCUGGAACAUCUUAAAACAAACCUUGGCCGCAAAGACAGGGAUGUCAGGAGACUUUCCACAAUUAUGCAAGAGAAAUCUCAGAUUGAUGGAGUUACUGCCCUUGAGCGCAGUCGUCUAAAGGAUGAGGUGGACGAUGCUAACAAGGAGUUGAACAAGCUUAAGGCGAGAUACUUGGACCAGGAUGAGGAUCUGUGUAGGAGGAACGAUAUGAUCGGGAAGCUAGAAGAGCGUCUGCGACAGAAGGAGACUGAGCACAAGGAACUGAAGGAUACUUUUGAUGAGAAAAUGCGCAAGUACACCAACGCCAAACACGCUAUUGCUGAUUUAACAAAGGGGGCCUUUGACUAUAAAAGAAAGGCCGAAUGUCUGGAGAUGACAGUGAAGGACAGAGAACAGCUGAUAGCCGAGAGAGACGACCUGAUUGCCGAGAGGGACAAGACUAUUGCCCGGUUAAAGGCCCAACUUGCUGAUCUAGAAGCUGAGAGAAUGAAGGGUCUGAAGAAGAUUGCAGAGCAUGAGGAGCAUAUUGAGCGUCUGGCGCGGACCCUGGGGAAGCAGGAGGGCGACCUAGAGAACUUUCAGGACCUGCUCAAGAAGGCAGAGAAAUCCCUGCAGCUCAGCGAACAGGCUGUUGAGGCGUUGCAAAAACAGCUGAGACGGGAGCGGUGCUGUUGUAAAGAAAACAAAAGGCCCAGCGAUGCAUUUGAGGGGCCAGAGCUAAUAAAACUCAGAAAAGAUCUAAGUGACCUCCAAUCCCAGCUUGAAACUUACUCAGACGAGAAAGCUAAGCUUAAGACUAAAUGUCAGGACCUUAAAGGUCAGCUUGAGCUACAGGGAAACCAACACAAGAGAGAGCUUGCUGCCCAGGCUCAGAUUGACAAAGCUCACCUUGAAACUCAAAGCAGACAACAGAAGAAUGAGCUUAAGGACCUGGCUCAGGCUCAUGAAGCUGAGAAAGCCAAGCUUGAGUCUGAGAAGCGAGCCCUUCAUGAUAAGCUUCAAGCUUUGGGUCAACAACAUCAAGAUGAGCUUGAAAAGGAAAGACAAAGAUACCGUGAGAAAUGUGCUCAGUUGGAGAAUCUGACUGUUCAGCUGAGAGCAUCCCUGUCCCAGAAAGUGACUGAUGCCACCAUGGUUGAUGCAGUGACAGAACUCCUCAAUAAGCUAGGAACGUCUGACACCAACGUACACAUCACCCUGCACCAUUCCAGCGUUGCCGCUGACAACGGUCACAUGACCAGCCACACAGUAACCAGGGAGAGUCAUGUGACCCACGAUGGAGGACAGUGGAAAGGCACUGAGGUUAACACACAGGCCCAGGACUUCAAUGGCUUUGCUUCAGGAAAGAAACCAGGUUUCCAACAUGACCAUAGAAGUAACAACACUCGUAUUCCUGUGCGCCACGGUUCUGCAUUAUCUAACCAUCGGAGCGAUUCUGACAUACUAGGGUUACAACACCAGCUUACCGACCUCAUGGCUAAAAAUAGCGACCUUGAGAAAACGCUGAAGGCCACCGAGGAAACUGUCCAUUGCCAAACGCAGAAGAUGAAAAUGUACAGAAACAUGCUCAUGGACUCUGGUCUUCUGCCAAAGUCAAGGUCAAACAGCAUGCCAAAUGUUCAUGAGAGUUUAUCCUCUACAUCAGAAUCCGGGCGUCAAAGCAGGAGUCGUAACCAAGAUGAUUGGCAGGCCUCGCCUCGUUUCAGGAGCGCUUCACCCCGGCCUUGUGGUAGACUAGGCUGGGCCGCAGAUAACCAGAGUGACAUAGAAAAGUUAAACAAGGAGAACACUAAACUACGCCAACAGGUUGAGGGUUACCGCAAGGUUCUGCAGGUGUUCCAGAGUCGUAGCCCGAGUCCCCCAAGGUCAGAGUCUCCAGAGUCACCGAAGAGCAGCAGCGCUAGUGAUUGUACUGAUGGUCAACCAGCUACUUCAAUGAGCUCCGAGUCAGCAACCUGUCUCAUUGACAGCUGGAUGGAGUUACUAGAUAAAUUCCUCAGUGAGCUGUCCUCCCAGCCCCACCCAGGCCUGCCAUCAUCCGCCUUGGAUGUGACCCGGCUAAAGAGAGGCAUGGCCCAGGUCCGCGGGGCCAUCAAGUCACUUACAGACCAGACCAGAGACAAUGAAUGUGUAAGUGAUCAUACUUUGGGGACCAGUCAAUACAGCUUAACCAGUCCAUGUUCUGUUGAGCAGAAUUCUAUGAAUAAAGGUGACCAGUCGCUUGGAAAAAGUCAUCACAGUUUAACCAGCCCACUUUCUGUUGAGCAGAAUUUGAUGAAUAAAAGUAACCAGUCACUUGGAAGAAGUCAUAACAGUUUUACCAGCCCACAUUCUGUUGAGCAGAAUUCUAUGAAUAAAAGUAACCAGUCACUUGGUGGCAUUCAGCAUAUGGGACAGAAUCCUAUGAACAGAAGUAACCAGUCACUUGGAAGCAGUCAACAUAUUGGGCAGAGUUCCAUGAAUAAAAGUAACCAGUCAUUCGGGAGCAGUCACCACAUGGUAAGAAGUCCAAGAGAAGAUUUUGUAGGUAUGUUUACGGAUGAGGCUUCAAUGAAUCAAUUUUCACAGGACAGUGCAAUAAGCUCGAGAUCUGAUGGAACAAACAGUCCCAAUAGUUCAGUCCUCUCCAUCGGAUCAAAUGGCUCACAAAGUGAGCAUGGAUUCAACUUGGGACCAGAAGCUGGUAACAAGCUACAAGAUAGUACUGUCAGCUCGGCAGUGAAUCCACCUAGUAGACCAAAUAUUACGAAUGAGGUUGUGAACAUAGAGAAGUUAAGGCAUUGUAGUGAGUGGAGCAAUGAAAAUAACAUUAGCAAGCUCACCCUGAACUCUACACAGCACAGUGUGUCCGUAGAUGGACUGCCCAGACACACCCAGGUCACGGGACCACAAACUAGGACCAUGACAUCUAGUGUUAGCACUAAUGUCCAGGAUUUCACGCUUGGUGAUAAUUUACCUGAUAUCACGGUUAGUCGAAUCUUGGAAGAGCAGGGGUUUGACAUUACAUUAGACAACACAUUUGAAGGUAGUGAUAGUAGCAGUAGGCAUAUGAGCUUACCAAAAGCGCGAGCCUAUAAAAAUAUUGCCUCAGACACGAUGUCUGCAUCCUUCCUCCAAGACAGAACAAUGUUAGAAGGUGGGGGGCAGUCGUUUGAAGCCGGGAGCCAGUCAGCAAUGGACAGCCUGAUACAGGAUGAGGAGACUAAAGUCAAGAUGAACAAUACCUUGAAAACCAUUAUCAUGAGACUCAAGGACUCACGAGGCUCAGAGAUAUCCCUUCAGGAGCUCAUAGAGAAGUUGUGUCAGCUGCAGAGAGAGCUGGAAGAAAGUCUGCUUAAAAACCGGGACAUCUCCAACAGCCUGCAGGACCACCUUCUCCAGUCAGCCAGCGCAAUUCAAGAAAAGGACAAGCACUUGACAGAAGUGAUCUCCCAGCUAAGGAGCAGAAGUGAACAGCUAAGAGAAAAGGUGGACACGAUUCAGGUGAGGGAGGGAGAUGUGAGAGAGCUAAAGGAACAGCUUCACCAUUGUAAGACGGCUGCUGACCACUGUCAACACGAACUAGAAAACUACAAAAAACAGAUAAUCAUUCUUAGGGAAAAAGAGAAGAAAUUCAGCGAGCACACAUCUGACCUUGAAGGGAAGGUUAGAAAGCUGGAGCAUGACCUUGACCUUGGUCGAGAGAAGGAAAGCAAGUACAAGGGUGCGGUCAGUCAGGCACGUGCCCAGGUCAACAAACUGUCUACCGAGCUGGAGGUAACGCAGGAUCAGCUCAAGAAGAGAGAACAGGACAUCAGAGAGCUGACUGAGACUCUAGAGGUGACAAGGGACACAGUGGAGAAGCAGGACCAACAACUGAUAGCCCAAACAUCCCUGGCUCACCGCCUCACAGAUCAGCUGCAGGACAAGGACACUGUCAUACAUGAACAAAAACAGUUUUGCCAGAGGCUAAAGGAAAAGGCAGAGCACAAAAUAAGGACACAAUCUCAAGAACUUAAGAAAGUUCUGGAAGAUCUAAAGACGAAGCUACAGAAAACUGAGAGGGAAAAUCAUUAUCUUUCCAAGAACAGUACCUUGAUAAUGACCGAGUUCAGCAAGAACAAAAGAGAGUUGCGAGAAGUCAGAGAGCGGGAAAAACUGAUGAUAGAGUUUGUGGACUCCGAUUUACGGCGGCAGAUCGUAGAAAAGUUGAGUACCCUGAACCUUCAGCUGCCAGAAUUUACCAAGACCAACAAUGCCAUCUACAACCAGUGCCAGGACAUCUUCAAGGAGUGGGAUACAGUUCUGAAGAAGGCUAGGCAAGAUAUUGUUCGGUUUGAUGAGGAAGGGGCGGAAAAUUAUCUACCAACACAGGAAGAUACUUCAUCUCUGCCCACCAGGGCAGAUCAUUCACCUCUGCAAACAAGGGCAGAAACUUCAUCUCUGCCAACAAGGGAGAAAACUCCUGGUGGUUCCCUGCAUGAUGCUGGUUCUCUGCCCUGUAAGGAUAUGCUGAAUGGUUCCCAGGGCAAGCACUUCAGUGUUCCUGGGCCCAUCUACAAGCAGGGAAUCAGUGAUGACUGCCUCACAUACUAUGUGACCGACUCACCGACACACCUCGCAGGCCUCACCCAGGUGCGUAUAGACUCGGACUUGAGGUCGUUGUUUGCGGUGGGAAUGAUCGACACAUUUGAGAAGUUACGCAAGGAGACAAAUGAAUGUCGAGCGAUACUGACAGGGGUGAGCACGCGGAUCAAGGAGCGACUUAAGCAUUUCGACACCAUACCUGCAUCAGAGAGUGUGGAGUACUCUACCCUGAAGGAGCUGGCGUACUCCGUGGAGAAUAUGCGCAUCUGUGUGGACAGCCAGCUCUCCCAGAUCUCGUGCUUCUGGACCUCGGAGCUGCCCGCACCCAACGAGAGAGGAGAGUUUGUCAACAUCAAGCUCCUCAACAAGAUCUCCAGCCUGAAGGAAGAGCUGGGAUUGCUACGGAAGAAAUACAACAUUGACAGAAGUCAGGAGGAAAACAUCUGUAAUUCUUUGGAAAGCACAUUGGAUGUUAUGACACGAGCUCGCCACAACUUAGAAAAUAGAGCAAGUACGACGAGGACCGAGCCCACACGUAGCCCCUCACGGUCACCCAAAAAGUAGAGGGCAAUAUUGAGUUAUUUGCCCUGUGGAGGAGUGAUCUGUAAUUUGCCAAAGGAAGAAGUGAUCUUGCUUAAUAGGCCUUGUGAAGAAGUGAUCUAUAUUGCCUAGCAAGCCGUUGUAGGAACUGGACUAUUGGACUCUAUUAUAAAGUGGUCUAUACUUUAUAUUGGCUUUGUGAGGAGGUGGUCAAUAUUGACUGCAAUUGCCCUUGUUAGAGGUGGACCAUAUAACUUGUAUUGUUCUAACAAAGAAAUGGGACCAUAUAGACUGUGUUAGCUCUAUGAAGUCUAGGUGAAUCUUUGGGCAGACAUUGUCACACAUAGGCCUAUAUAGAAGUAGUCAUCUAUGUAAAAAAUGCAUUGAACUUUUUACCAGGGCUGUAUUGUUUUUUUUAUAUUGUGUGAAAAGUAUAGAAUAGUUAUCAUAGAAGGGGCUACUGUAUCUACUUUUUUUGGCCUAUUAAGCAACCCCAAGAUGACGUCAUGCAUGAUACAUUGAUCUCUUAAAUUUAAGAUCUGAACUUGCUAAAGGCCUACUCUAGAAGAUUUCGUGUUCAUGUUUUUUAUAUAUAUAUUUAUCAAGUUCUACUACUGCGGAACUAGCUUUAUAGAUAGAUAUUACUCAUGGGUGUUAUGAUACACGUAAUUGGGACCAUUUUCUUCCCAUGUUUCGCUUUUUUGCAAGAAAAAGUUUCAUUUCUCUCUCUUCUUUUUAAAAUUCUGCAAUCACGUUUUGCCGCAGAAAUGGGAAGGAAAUAGCGUACCAAAUAUUAUAAGCACUGGUCUACAUCUCCAUACAAUACUAAUUAAUAUAACUAUCUUGAAUACAAUCACACCAGUGCUUACAUCUUAGAUAGUUUAUCAUAUUGUACCAAUUCAUGUUUGUUGACCCUUUUGGUGCUUGUAUAUGGUAUAAAGAUUCAAUGCUUACUUGUUUCAGACAAUCUCUGAAGAUAUUUGUUCUCAAAUUGGGUAUUGUAUUUCUUUUUAUGUGUGUUAAUUGUAUCUUGUUUAUAAUAACUAACUGGUAUGUUUAUUAGAAAUAUUUUUUGUUCAUUCGAAAGUUUUUCCCACAAUCAUAAACACCUGUUUGCCAUCUAUGAUCUGGAAUACGUACAAGAAAUAUUUUGUUUCUCCAUACAUUUUUAGUUUCUCUAUUUUACGACUUUAUACAGACUUCUUUUCCUUGGCCAUAGCUAGUAAACUGUUCGAGAUAUUCAAAUGAAACUUGUUACACAUUGCCAGAGAAAAUUUAUAUACAUUUAUAGCAAGGCCCGUAACUCUAGCUUGAAUAAUUUUCAUUCUCUUUUGACUGACAUUUAACCUAUAAGGGUUCGCUAGACAUCCUUUGUUUCUGCUUUCCAUCAUUUGAAACUAAGAAAUAUACCAUAUAUUAUAUAUACAUUUAUUAAGGCUAGACACAAUUAUAAAAGCUAGCCAUCUUUUUUUCAUUAAGUAUUAUAAGAAUUUACAGUAAGUGUAGGUAAAACAUGGUGCUCUGAUACAUUGUAUUGGAAGUAUUUAUUUUGUGAUGAUGCAAAUUACCGGUCUUCCAUUUCAUUCAUGUGCUUGUUGUCAUAUUUUUAUAUUAAAUCAAAAUUCAUUGCUUUGCAGAGUUAAUCAGAGUACAUGUAUAUCAAACAAAGCCUAAUAGAGUGCGGAAGUUUGUUUUUGCUGAUAAGGUUUUUUAAUAAGAAGCAUUAUAAGGCCUAUUUAAUAGUAUCAGUAGCUACAUGUAGCUUGUUUUUCAAUAUUGCUUAAUUUCAGAAAUAAGUAUUAUAAAAAAAUGUUUCCUAUGAGCUGUUUCAUUCACUCUCAUAAAUCAAAAAUAGAUUGUAAAUUGUAGCAUACCUUUAUACAGCGUUAUGAAGUCUUGUUUUGACAACUUUGUUGUAUAAACAGUUGUGUAGUUUGUUUGCAGAAAAAAUGAUGUUGCGGAGUAGUGGAGCCAUGUUGUUGAUAAUGCAGACAAGUCAUCUUCUGAUUCUAGUUCCUUCUCUUUCGACUUUUACUAGUUGAUUAUCUAUUCAUGAGAUGAAUUAUAAAUAUUUUUCAUAAUGCUACCAUUUUCUUUACAUUUCUUGUAUUAUAUCUAUAAUGCAACCAUUUACUUGAAACUUCUUUUCCUUGUGAAAAGAUAACCUCAAAGCUUGCCAAAAUGUGUUACAGAAAUAUUUUUGUAUGUUUGUACAUUUAUUGUUAGGACUAUCACAAAACCAGAUUUUACACUCUAGACUGUAUAACCAGCAAAACCACCAGGACUGCGUGUUGUUGUCGUUAAAUUAACCAAACGACAAGUGAAAGCGAAAAUAUUUUAUCAGCUUUUUCAUUUAAUGUCACAUAAAAACUUUUUGCUUCCGCUAAUAUCAAAAGACAUACCAUAUAAAUAUAAUGUAUUUAAUCUCAUUCUCAUAUUGAUAUUUGCUUGCCUGCCACAGACAUAUGAUGAAUAGUAAGAUUACACAAUAAACAAUGUCCAUGUAUCAUGGGCCCAAUUUCUCAAAAAAUAUUGGGCGUAACGAGUUAAAGAAUCUAAUUUCAUUUAGCUGAAUUCUUAGUAUAAUUUAACAUGUAUUAUACUGCAUCAGAAAUAGUGUACAUAGCUAGGGUUACACGGGAUUGUUUGAGAAAUAGGGGCCAGCUACAUGUAACUGUAUGCUUUGGACCUUUAUUUAUUGAGUUGUGACCACUUGUGUACCAUGUAAGUUUACAUUUGUAUCACUGCUUCUGCUAUAGAUUGCUUUCGGAAGAUGGAUACUAAUUUUGGAAUAAAAUGUAUUAUAUGUUCUGCAAAA